AUGGAGGGCCACCUGAGGCAGUUCAGCCUGGUCAGGGGGCCCGAGGGGGCCGGGGACAGCCAGGCCCUGGCUAAGCUGCAGGAGCUGGCCCUGAUGUGGUUCACGGAGACGCAGGCCCCCCUCAUUUUGCAGAAUGGAGCCCUGCCCCCCUGGUUUCACGGAUUCAUCACCCGCAAGCAGACAGAGCAGCUGCUCAGGGACAAAGCUCUUGGCUCCUUCCUCAUCCGCCUCAGCGACCGGGCCACCGGCUACAUCUUGUCCUACAGGGGCAGUGACUGCUGCCGGCAUUUUGUCAUCAACCAGCUCCAAAACCGGCGCUACCUCAUCUCAGGGGGCACCCAGAGCCACGGCACCCUGGCUGAGCUCGUGCGCCAUUACCAGGAGGUACAGUUUGAGCCCUUCGGGGAGACCCUGGCUGCUGCCUGCCCCCGGGUAGAGAACAGUGAUCUAUAUGACGCCAUCACCCUGGGCCUCCAUCAGACCAAUCUGGGCCUGGAAAACCCGCCUGCUGCAGUGUCCCCCACGGUGGUCCCAGACAAGGCUGCCAGCUCCCGCCCCUCUCCAAAGCCCCAGGUCUCCUUCCUCUACAAAAAGAAGAGCCUGGAUGCAAGUCCCUGGAACCUCCCCAAGGAAGAAAGCAUGGAGGCCCCCGUCAAGGUGCCUCCCCUCCCGGACAGGAGUGCUUCCCUUCUGGACGAGUCUUUUGGAGGCCCCCACAACAUCAUCUAUGCAGACCUGAGAAGGAUGAACCAGGCACGGCUAGGCCGGGGCACAGAUGUGUCUGGCAGGCAGGGGCCAGUCCCAGCCAGCAGCCAGGCCUUCUCCCCAGGCAAGGAGGCCCUGAGGAGACUCUCAGAUGGAAGCCGGAACAAGCCUGAUGGCCCGGGACCUGCCCUCUCUGGGGUGAGCCCAGACCAGGGCCCUAGAGUGUCUCCCACUUCUUGGGGCCUUCUCCUGCCCCCCCAUUCUGAGGCUCUAGGAUCCUCAGCUGCUACCUGGAGUCAGGGGUCUCCAAAACUGAGCCGUUCUGCAGACAUCUAUGAGCUCAUCUGGGCAGAAGGCCUCCUAGAGGAGGCCAGGGAUGUGCGAGACCAAGAAGGCAGCAGUACCUACGAGCAGAUCACAGUCUGCUGGGGUGGCCCAGCCAGGCCCCCCUAGCCUGGAGCAAGUCCCACAUAUAGCAAGCUUUCAGGGUCCACAGACUGUGGCUAUGAGAGGAUAUUGGGGGCCCCGGAGCUCCCAGAGCCCAGGAACACCUAUGAACAAAUCCCGGCAGCCAGGAGCAAGGAGACUGGACGGACAUGUAAGGGGGGCUCCAUGGGUGGGCCUGACAAGCUCCGGAGGCUCUUCUUCACAGACAAGAAGCACAAAUCCUUCACAGACAAGAAGCACAAAUCUGACCAGGUCACCCUCAUCUGCCCUCUGCCUCCAGCCAGCCUUGGCCUUUAG